UAUAUAUACAAAAGCGCACCCCGCUAUUUCCCAUUCACCACCGCCUCCCUCCCUCUCGAUUUGAUCGAGAGCUCUCUCUCUCUCUUCUCUCCCCCAAUUUCCACAUCAAAACAAAACCCCGCUUCAAAACCCUAACCCCUCCCAAUCAUGGCCGGCGGAGCCAGAGCUCUCAACACCCAAGCACUCUCUCUCCUCGCCGCCGUCAACAACCACGGCGAUUUGGUCGUCAAGCUCUCCUCUUUAAAGCAGGCCAAGGAUUUGCUCCUCUCCAUCGACCCCGCCUCCGCCGCCGACCUCUUCCCCUACUUGGUCGAGCUCCAGUCCUCCCCUGAGCCCCUCGUCCGCUUCUCCCUCGUCGAAGUGAUCGGGGAGAUUGGCUUGAGAGCAAUGGAGGAGUCGUCUGUACUGAUGCCCGUCCUAUUGGCGUUUUUGAGAGACAGUGAUUCCGGCGUCGCAAGGCAAUCGAUAGUUAGUGGCACGAACCUCUUUGUUAGUGUCUUGGAGGAGAUGACGUUGCAGUUUCACCGGAGGGGUAAAGUCGAGAUAUGGCUUGAAGAACUUUGGUCGUGGAUGGCUAAGAUUAAGGAUGCUAUAUUCAGCAUUGCAGUACAGCCUGGUUCUGCAGGAACAAAAUUGCUUGCGUUGAAAUUUUUGGAAACACAUGUGUUGCUAUUCACAUCGGACACAGAUGAUUCUGAAAAACCAAUUGCAGAAGGAUAUAGAAGAGGUUUUAAUAUUUCGUGGCUGGUUGGUGGACACCCUAUUCUCGACUCGUACAUGCUCAUGUCAGAAGCAAAUAGGGCCCUUGGAAUUCUAUUAAAUUUGUUGCAGUCUGCUGGUAAUCUUCAGGGUUCCUUAACAGUUGCCGUUGUCAAUUGUCUUGCAGCAAUAGCACGAAAGAGGCCAGUUCACUAUGGCACCAUUGUUUCUGCAUUAUUUGAUUUUGAUCUGAACUUUGAAGUAGUAAAGGGACGUCAUGCUGCCAGUAUUCAAUAUUCCUUAAGAACUGCGUUUUUGGGAUUCCUUCGAUGUACUAGCCCAGUGAUUGUUGAGUCGAGAGAUAGAUUGCUUAGGGCUCUACGCUCUAUGAAUGCUGGGGAUGCUGGUGAUCAAGUCAUCCGCCAAGUUGAUAAAAUGCUAAAAUACAAUGAGCGUGCUUCUCGUGAUGCUCGGUCUGGAAAGGAUGAUCAACCGUCAAGCCAACUGCCUGUUUCAGGGGACUUGGUUAGAAAAAGACCUUCGCCUCUUGAUGUUGAAGAGUCCACUAAUGGUCAUGAGAUGCAUUUGAAGCGAAGUCGUUAUGUACAUGAGACCUAUUCAACAUUGCCAGUUCAAAAGAAUGAUUCUGGGUGGGAUACCACUUCCGUAAAUGGAGUGACCUCUGACCUUCCUAUGCUAGAUGGUGAGGUGACUCCUGUAGAGCAAAUGAUUACUGUUAUUGGUGCAUUGCUUGCUGAAGGAGAAAGGGGCGCCGAAUCACUUGAAAUUCUUGUUUCGACAAUCCACCCUGAUCUGUUUGCCGAUAUUGUAAUUACUAAUAUGAGGCACUUGCCACAGAUGCCGCCACUUUUGUCAAGGCCAGGGCUGCCAGUUGGUCGGCAGAUAGGCUCUUUAAGCUGUUCGGCACAAGUUGUCUCAGGGUCACCAACAUCAUCUGCGCAGACUCCAGUUUUGACUGCCCAAAUGUCUUUUUCUUCAGCUACUGUUAACAGUUUAUCAGUUGCUGAUACUUCCAAUGUGAAUAUACUUCCCGUUGAUUCCAAGCGAGAUCCACGAAGGGAUCCUCGUCGCCUGGAUCCACGGUGCAUAGUAGUUUCUGCUGAACUGGCAUCCUCACCUGCUGUAGAGGAUAUUGGUGCUAUGCAAUCUGACAUUGAAGGUUCAAUAUCCUUAAAUAAGCUUAAUUCACUUCCUUUUGUGACUGCUGUUGAAUCUACUUUAGUAACUCCCAAGCCCAAAACAGAAAAUGAUGGUAUGGUUAUGGAUAGUCAAUUGGUUUCUGGAAAUGAGCAACCAACUCUCAGAGAGGAGGUUCUGGACAGGCCUGUUGAAGAUGACCCUACUUCGAAGGUCAAUGUAUCUUCAGAUCUAAAAGAUUCUUGUAUGCAAACUGACGAGGACCUUGACACAAUGCCAUUAUCAGAAGUUGAAGUAAAAGAUGAUGAUUAUACCACAUCUUUUCUAGAAUCUGAUCAGCAUUCUCCUGCUCUUUCAAACACAUCGUCAUCUGAAGAUUUAUGUCAGGACCAGCCUGAGGUUCCCAUAUAUAUUGAGUUGACCCAAGAGCAGGAACAAAGACUAGGGCAUUUGGCUGUUGAACGAAUUAUUCAGUCAUACAAGCAUUUACAUGGAACAGAUUAUAGUCAGAUGUGCUUGGCAUUACUUGCUCGAUUGGUUGCUCAGGUUGAUAUGGAUGAUGAAAUAAUUGUGAGGCUGCAUAAACACAUAGUUGUGGAUUACCAACAGAAAAAGGGGCAUGAGCUAGUAUUGCAUAUCUUGUACCAUCUGGAGGCUCUGGCUGUGUCUGAUUCAGUUGAAAGUUCAGCAUUUGCUCUUAUGUAUGAAAAGUUCCUCCUGGCACUGGCCAAGUGUUUGCUAGAGUCCUUCCCAGCGUCAGAUAGGUCCUUUAGUAGACUUCUUGGUGAAGUUCCAGUCUUGCCCGACUCCACUUUGAAACUACUAGACGAGCUCUGCUAUUCUGAUGUUAUUGAUCAGCAUGGAAAAGAUGUUCGGGACAUUGAGCGUGUCACUCAGGGCCUUGGUGCUGCCUGGAGUUUAAUUUUAGGGCGGCCACAUUAUCGACAAAGCUGCCUAGAUAUCACUUUGAAGUGUGCUAUUCAUCCACAAGAUGACAUCCGAACCAGAGCUAUCCGACUGGUGUCAAACAAACUCUAUCAGUUGAGUUACAUAUCAGAAGUUAUUGAAAAAUUUGCGACAGAUAUGUUGAUGUCUGCUGUCAAACAGCCUCUGUCGGGUAUAGAGCAAUCACAAUCUGAGUCCACCGUGCAGAGAACUGAUAGAACGUUUGGAAGCCAAGAAUCAUCAGCAAGGCAUUUGCAAAAUUUGGAGUCUGGAAAUUCUGAAAAUGAUUCCACAAUGAAGGAGCGACCAGUAUCAACAAUGUCAAUUCCAGAAGCUCAGCGAUUUAUCUCUUUGUUUUUCGCUUUAUGUACGAAGAAACCUAGUCUUAUUCAACUUGUAUUUGAUACUUAUGGGUGUGCCCCAAAAGCUGUAAAGCAGGCUUUUGAGCGCAAUAUUCCUGUUCUUAUAAGGGCCCUAGGGUCUUCAAAUUCAGAUUUACUUCACAUUAUAUCAGAUCCUCCACAAGGAAGUGAAAACCUUUUGAUGUUGGUGCUGCAACAAUUGACUCAAGUAACAACACCGUCAUCUGAUCUGAUAAGCACUGUGAAACAUUUGUAUGAAACUAAAUUAAAGGAUGUCACAAUUCUUAUUCCAAUGCUUUCUUCACUUGCUAAAAAUGAGGUUUUACCUAUAUUCCCUCGGCUUGUUGCUCUUCCAUUAGAAAAGUUCCAGACUGCACUUGCUCACAUACUCCAGGGUUCAGCUCAUACAGGUCCAGCUUUGACUCCGGCAGAAGUGUUGGUUUCUAUCCAUAGUAUUGUUCCUGAUAAAGAAGGCCUUACUCUAAAGAAGAUAAUAGAUGCUUGCUCAGCUUGUUUUGAGCAGCGCACAGUAUUCACACAGCAAGUGUUGGCAAAGGCAUUGAAUCAGAUGGUUGAUCAAACUCCUAUUCCUCUUCUUUUUAUGAGAACAGUUAUUCAAGCAAUUGAUGCUUUUCCUUCACUGGUUGAUUUUGUGAUGGAGAUACUUUCUAAACUUGUCAGGAAACAGGUUUGGAGAAUGCCAAAGCUUUGGGCAGGGUUCAUGAAAUGUGUGUCUCAAACCCAGCCACACUCUUUCCAUGUAUUGUUGCAGUUACCACCACCACAACUGGAAAGUGCUUUGAACAAGUAUGUGAAUGUCAAAGGUCCCCUUGCUGCAUACGCUUGCCAGGCUAGUAUAAAAGCUUCGCUCUCUAGACCGACACUUGCAGUUCUUGAUCUUGCAAAUGAACCGCGUUUGCACCAAUCGCAUUUGCCAUCACCACCGUUUCAUCCUACAGAUGCAACUUCGUCAACUCCAACAUGAUAACCUGAAGGCAUUGGAAGUUGGUAACUUUAGCAGCAAUGUAUAGUAGAAAUGGGGUCAUUGGAAAACUAAGAGCCAUUUGGGGAACGAUAUGAACUAACCACGUAAAUGGCGGCUGAUCAUUGGAAUUUGACCGCUGACCCGUGCAAUCUGAGAAAUUCUAGUUAGGGGGCAUAAUCAGCUAUUCAGGAGCAUCAUCAAAGUUCCAAGGGAUGCACGUACACACCCCCAUUCUCUGCCCCAUUCUCUCAGUCUUAGCUGCCUCUCCAAAUGUAUAACAUAAAUGAUUUUUGUACUUUAUCCUUGUAAAUUUUGGUUAUCAGGUUAGAAGUCAGGGUAGUUAUGCCGAAAGCAUGAAAGGAUUAUGGUUGAGGUCAUCUACCGGCGCCUGUAGAUUUUAGUUAUACUAUUUGUAGCUCAUUUUUCUGUACCUUCUCAUAUAUCAUUGUAGUUUUGUCGCUGGUCACGAGGGAGCAAUUUCACUCAAAUUGGUCUCAUUGUGCACUGAAAAAAAACGUAUUGUUCAAGCUGCCGGCAGGCUAUAAAAGUA